GUGCAAAUGAUUUGGUAAAAUUCAUUUACUGUGAGAACUAACUUCAACAAGUACGUCAAGUUAACAUGAAAUAUAAGACAUUACGGAGCUUAGAGCCAUGAAAAGUGCGAGAAAGUUGUGACAGUCCAGCGGACUUUUAAAGCUUCUAGAAAGAUCCCUACGUCAGAACCGCCGGUAGUCGCAUGACCGUUUCGAUCCCGAUGUCGUCGGUCUCGCUUGGUUCGGCGAAUCUCUCCCCCAAACGAUUCGCCCCGCUUUAUUAUUGAUUUCUUAAUAAAAUUAAUAAAAAUACCGUAAAGAAUGUGGUGCGUGAGUGCGGAUAACGGCGGACGUUAAUCGAACUCUCUUCCGCUUUACUCCUUAUCAAUUAAUUUUUUUUUUAAUCAUGGAUUAGUAGGUGCGCUACCGAUUCGAAACCGUUCCAACCCCCCUUUUGCGACAUUGGAAAAAGAGGUGAGGCCCAAACGAAACGCGAAACCGGAGCUCCAAUGUCAUUACCAUUAAAAAAGCAUUAGCGAUCUUUCGCCUGAUCUUCAACUUUCUACUCGUGCACAAAUUGUCCUUCCUGUGGCGUUAGAAGUCAACGACCGUUUUUUAACACUUGACCGACUUAGGUCGACGCAUCAUCGCCCUACUAACCACUUACGGAGCUCCGUUUACCGCCGUCAGUUGUUUUCUAACGUCCACUUAACUCGGCAAUUAAUAAUAAUCGCGCCCGGCGACGAUGAAGAGAACACGUCCAGAUCUUCCAGUCCGACUCGACUUCCCUUAAAGGGGCCCGCACAAAAAUCCUCUUCCGAAAUUUCCUAAAUGGCCGCCGCGAUGGAGGGCCUAUCGAAGAUGUCGGUCGCCGACUUUUACGUCGGCAAGACCGUUUUCAUAACCGGCGGCACCGGCUUCAUGGGGAAGGUGCUGCUCGAGAAGCUGCUGCGAUCGUGCCCGGGCGUCUCCAGCAUAUACCUACUGAUACGGCCGAGCAAGGGACAGAACGCUCAAGAACGGCUGCAGCAGUUACUGUGUUCACCCCUCUUCGAUAUACUACGCAAGGAGUGCCCGACCGACCUGCAAAAGGUGUCCGCGAUCGAGGGCGACAUCACCCAGCCGGAGCUCGCGAUCGCGCCGUCCGAUCGCGCGAUGCUCUGCCAGUCGGUGAACGUGGUCUUUCACAGCGCGGCGACGGUGAAGUUCGACGAAAAACUGAAACUGUCGGUCGCGAUCAACAUGCUCGGCACGCAAAGGCUCGUGGAGAUGUGCAGGCGGAUGACGAAGCUCGAGGCGCUGAUACACGUCUCGACGGCGUACUGCAAUUGCGAUCGGAGCAAGGUCGAGGAGAAGAUCUACGCGUCGGCGCUGGAGCCCGGUCAGGUGAUAACCGUCGUCGAUUCGCUCGACGAGAAUUUGGUCGAUACGUUAACGCCGAAGUUGGUCGGGAAUCGUCCGAACACCUACACGUUCACGAAGGCGCUCGCCGAGUACUGGCUGAAGGAGAACAAGGGCGAUCUGCCGCUGGUCAUCGUACGGCCGAGCAUCGUGAUUAGUACCAUAAACGGCCCGCUUAAGGGAUGGGUCGACAAUUGGAACGGCCCGACCGGGAUCAUUGCGGCGGCCGGUAAGGGCCUGUUUCGUACAAUGCUCUGCGACGCGAACAAGAAGGCCGAUUUAAUUCCCGUCGACAUGGUGAUUAAUCUCAUGAUUACGGCGGCGUGGAAAAUCGGAACGCAAAAGUCGAAGGAGAUCACGGUGUACAACUGCUGCACGGGUUUACGACGCCCGAUCACGUGGAACCGCUUCAUCAAGCUCUGCUUCGUGUACAUGCGAAAGCAUCCGUUCUCGGAGAUCAAGUGGUAUCCCGACGGGACGGUUACGUCUUCGGUGCUACGAAACAAUGUAUAUAGGAUAUUUUUACAAUGGCUGCCCGCGUAUAUUAUGGACGCAAUGAGGUGGUUAAUUGGCUCGAAGCCCAUUAUGGUACGUAUACAAGACAAAUUGUGCAAGGCGGCGCGAUGUUUGGAGUUCUUCACGACGCAAGAGUGGGAGUUCGACGAUAGCAACGUAAACGCGCUCAGCCGCGUCCUAAACGAGCACGACAAAAAGGAGUUCUGCUUCGACGUCGCUCAAAUCAUGUGGGAGGACUAUUUAGAAAAUUACGUCUUAGGAAUACGAAGAUUUAUUUUCAAAGAGGAGGCGGAGUCGCUACCGAGCGCGCGAAAGCAGGUGUCCAAACUGUAUUGGAUCUAUCGAAUUACGCAAAUUCUAUGCGUAAUGUCGAUAUGGCACUUUUUAACUUUGCGCUAUGCGCCACUGAGGCGAUUAUGGAGCAACGCGUUACGUUUAUUAGUGCACAUAGCGAGAAUGCUAUCGAUUGUCAAGUAAUUUACCAUUACGUUCCUUAUAAUUGAAGUGUGACACCUUUAUUAUCGACACGAUUUUAUUCAAUAUAUAUUUAUCAAGAGCAUACCGUAAAAUUAGAUUAUAUAUUUAAUAGAUAUAAUUGCCGUGGUACUGUGUGCUUCUUACUUUUGUUAUAUCUUCCAUUUUCUAUUUUUAAAGAUUUUAAUUAUUUAUUUGCAAUUUAACUGAGUAUAAUAAAUAGCUCAUUUGAC